AUGAAAUUUGCAGUGCUUCUGACUUCGAUUUCUUUCAUUCUCCCCUCUCUUUCUCAUCCCCUUGAAGAUCGCGAUGCCCCUCAAACGGUCCACCUAACCUUCCACGGUGGCCCCGCGUCCUACGAGAUGACUAUCCCCGCCGAUGGACAGGUGUAUCCCACCAACAAUGACAUCUCCGUCAACAUCAUCGACGCACCAGACUACAACGCCCUCUCCCAGUGCAGGUUCUACACAAACGGCGAGAAGGCGCUGUUCGAAGGCCACACCCCACAGGGUCUUCAGCAAGUCAUAAUCGGACCGCCGCAGCCCGUCACCGGAGUCAGCUGUGUCGGUAUCUGCGUCCCGACGUAUGGGGAGUGCUAUGGUACCAAUGGGCAGUAUGUCGGGCCGUGCUGCAACGGCUUCUGCGCGGCAACGCGAUGCAGACCUUGGAUUUCACCUCAUUAA